AAGAUGUCAGCGCCCAUUUUUUAAACGUUUUGUAGAUUUUCUCAAAUUCUUCAUCAAAAUUGAGGAGUUUUCCAUGUGCCUGAAUAUUAUAAGGUGAUUAUUCAAACAUUCCAUAAAGUACAUCCCAACAAUGAGUACACAAGGGGAUGAAGCAGCUGCAGGACCUCCAGCUAAACGUAUAAAGUGUGAAGACAGCAUUACUUCCACCCCUGAUGAGCAACUAGAUGUUAAAAAUGUGCCAUCUACUGAUCCUAAUGAAGCAAAAAUAAAGGACAGUUCAUCAAGUCAGUGCUUAAAAGAAGGAGAUGUGGGAAUUACUGAAUACAUAAGUCAACAUGAAGGUUUCAAUGGUGUCAUCAAGCAAAGGUUCUCUGACUUCAUUGUUAAUGAGAUCGAUGCUGAUGGGGACACUGUUAGACUGACUGAUAUAACUGACCCUAAACUAAAGGAAGAAGAAGCAAAUGAGGACAAAGACCAAGUGGCUGACUCUGCAGAUGAGGUCAAGGCAGGGGUUCUAGAACAAGCUGAUAUAGAAAAGCUACAACAACUUGUCAACGAUAAAGAUAAAACUUCUGUGGUCAAUAUAAAGGUACCUGAAGACAAACAGCAAAGGACGUUGAUUCAUCAGUCCAUCAGGCAAGUCAACAGCAGACUCUCAAGCUCAACCGUGGAGCUCAAUGGGGAACGUGUCAUUCAGGCGAAACUUGGUGGUGAUAAAAGAAAUGAAGGAGGCAGGUUCGGACCAAAGUGGCCAAAGAAUCGUUUGCCAUACUGUAAAUGUGUAAUGUACAAGGAAAAUAAAGACACCAUUGAAGCUGUAAAUCUCAUCUCAAAAUAUCUCAGAGUUAAACCAGGGACAUUUGCCUAUGCAGGAACCAAAGACAAGAGGGCCAAGACAUCACAACACCUAACCAUUUACAAGGUCCCUGCAGAAAGGCUGUAUGCUCUGAAUAAGUGCCUUCGGGGAAUAGUUCUCGGAGACUUCAGAUAUUGCAAAGAUCAACUGAAGCUUGGGCAACUCAAAGGCAACCACUUUGUCAUUGUAUUAAGGAAUAUGACUGGCUCAGAUAAGCAAGUGAAUCAAGGAAUGAGUUCACUAAGAGAUGUGGGUUUCAUCAAUUAUUAUGGGAUGCAAAGAUUUGGUACAACAUCAGUGCCAACAUACUUCAUUGGAAGAGCCCUCCUACAGAGCAAGUGGGACAAGGCCAUUGAUCUGAUUCUCCAACCCAGAUCUGGAGACACUGAGGAUAUGAAAGAAUGUCGAGAUAUUUGGGCAACCAGCAAGGAUGCCGCAGCUGCUCUAGCUAAAAUCAGCUCCAAACAUUGCAUAGAGAAACACCUGUUGAAUGGCCUGAAGACAAAGGGGAGCAACAAGGUCAUGGCUCUGGCAUGUAUUGCCAGGAAUACAAGGCUGAUGUACAUCCACAGUUAUCAGAGCUAUAUUUGGAAUACAUUGGUGUCCAGGAGGAUCAGAGAACAUGGCCUUUUACCUCUAGUGGGUGACUUGGUGCUCAGACAGGACACAAUUGCAGACCAAGAGAACACUGAAGAAGGGCAAGAAAGUGAGAUCCCCAAGAGGUUGACCCCAGAGCUUGUAACAGGGGAGACAUUGUCUAGCUAUAGUAUAACUGAUGUUGUGAUGCCGUUGCCAGGCUUUGAUAUAAUAUACCCUUCCAAUGAAGUUGGUCAGUGGUAUAAGGAACUUCUAGCUGUGGAUGGGUUUGACAUCAGCAGCUUUAAACAUAAAGUCAGAGAUUACUCCUUACCAGGAUCAUAUAGACGUCUACUAGUGAAACCUACUGAUGUAUUAUGGGAAACAUAUGAAUAUGAUGAUGUCACAAUACCACUAGCCAAUAGUGACUUAGAUAAACUGAAUGGUGCUGCUGAUCAUGUGUCUGUACAAGGGGGGAAGUACAAGGCCUUGAAGGUGGAGUUCACUCUUCCAUCAUCCACCUAUGCUACUAUGGCAAUCAGAGAAAUACUCAAGUCAGAUACAUCUGCAGCGCACCAAGCUACGCUGAACAUUUCAUAGUACAAAAGACCACCCUAAACAUUUUAUGUUGACACCAGGCUAUCCUGAACAUUUCAUGAUGACACCAGGCUAUCCUGAACAUUUCAUGAUGACACCAAGCUAUCCUGAACAUUUCAUAGUACAACAACUACUAUGAAAAUUUCAAACUAUAUCAGACUUCCCUGAACAUUUCAAAGUACGUCAGACUUCCCUGAUUUUUUUUUAUUUUGACACUGGACUACCCUGAACAUUUUAUAGUAAAUUAAACUAUCCUGAAAAUUUCAAAGUACCUCAGACUUUCCUGAACAUUUCAUAGAGACACCAGGCUAUCCUUAGCAUUACAUGAUGACACCAGGCUCAUUCGGCUAUUCUGAUUGAAUUAUAUCAUUGAAAUAUUUUCUCACAUUUUGUAACACAUAAUGAAAUGUAAAUGAAAUCUUAGUUCUUUGUUAUGUAAACUGAGAUUAGGUAAUCAAUCUCCUGUCUGAUGGUCUGUUUGUCUAUUAACAAUAGGGGCACUUUUAUAACCUUCCAUACGAUUCAAGUAUGAAAUUUUUUUUUUUUGUUAAUUUAUGAUACAAAUGACCCAAGGUUUUAAUCUUGACUCUUUUUAAAAGGGGUGGCUACUUUCAUUGCUGAAUAUCAUUUUUCCUAUUGUGAUUUAUCAAUGUUUGGGGAAUAUUCUAAUAUUUGUUUCUGUUUAAUGUCAAAUUAUCUUUGGAAUAAAACUCUGACUUAGAAUUGAGACAUUCAUUAAAUAAACUACAAAAGUUUUUCUUAAAACUUUUUAAUAUCACAUUUCGACUAAUAAGGCUUUUAAGAAAUUAAUCAAGAUUGAAAGAUUCAUUACUUUUAAUUGAUACGUCAC